AUGGGCGAGGAAGUUGAGAAGCACGUGUUGCGCAAGUACGAGCUGCUGCAAAAGCUGGGCAAAGGCGCGUAUGGCAUCGUGUGGAAGGCCAUCGACAAGAACAACCGACAAGUAGUGGCAUUAAAGAAGUGCUUUGACGCCUUCCGCAAUGCAACAGACGCGCAGCGCACAUUUCGAGAAGUCAUGUACUUGCAAGAGCUGAAUGGCCACAGCAACAUUAUCCGCUUGCUGAACGUUGUUAAGGCUGACAAUGAUCGGGAUAUUUACCUCGUCUUCGACUUUAUGGAAACGGACUUGCAUGCUGUUAUACGAGCCAAUAUCUUAGAGGAGAUUCACAAAAAGUAUAUCAUCUACCAGUUGUUGAAGUCGCUCAAGUACAUGCAUACAGCAGAGCUGCUGCACCGUGACAUCAAGCCUAGCAAUCUUCUCCUCAACUCGGACUGCCAUACAAAGCUCUGCGACUUCGGCCUUUGUCGUUCCGUGGCCGAGAUCAGCGGACCCAACCCGGUUCUCACAGACUACGUCGCUACCCGAUGGUACCGUGCUCCAGAAAUUCUUUUGGGUUCGACAAAGUAUGCAAAAUCGGUGGAUAUGUGGGCCGUCGGAUGUAUCGUUGCCGAAAUGGCCACUGGACGGCCUGCUUUCCCUGGUACAUCGACGAUGAAUCAACUCGAGCGAAUCCUAGACGUCACCGGGCCUCCAUCUCAAGAAGACAUUGAGAGUAUUAAGUCGCCGUUCGCCAAUACGAUGCUGGAAAGUUUGCCUGCACCAAAGAAGAAACCAUUGGAGGAGCUCUUCCCGAAGGCCUCGCCGGAAGCGCUCGACCUUAUCAAGCAAUGCUUUUGGUUUGAUCCGUCCAAACGGAUUUCGGUCAUCGACGCACUGAAGCACCCGUAUGUGGCCCAGUUCCACAAUGAAAAGGAUGAGCCCAGUGCUCCAGCUCCUUUGCAGAUAGUUGUGGACGACAACACCAAGUAUUCUGCUGCCGACUACCGUGACCGACUCUACCGUGAGAUCAUUAAGAAGAAGAAAGAGGUCCGACGGAAAGCGGGCGAGCAGGACGGCGCCACUGCGGCCGCUGCAACCACCGCGCAGUAGCAAAUGCAGGUGCAGUAAAACAAGCUUAUUUCAAAAACAAAAAAGAAGAAGAACCUGGAACUAUUCUAGAUUAAAAUUAUAGUUUAAUU